GGAAUCGCAUCUACCAAUCGAUCAGAUCAGAUCAGAACUAGUCGCAACCGGGAACAACAUGGAUCGUUGGCAAAAUCGCGUUGCCGUCGUAACGGGUGCCAGUUCGGGCAUCGGAUCGGCCAUUGCUGUGGACCUGGUCAAGGCAGGACUCACAGUCGUUGGUUUGGCGCGUCGCGUUGAACGCGUCAAGGAGCUGCAGCAGCGCCUGCCAGCAGCCCGAAAGGACAAACUGGUAGCCCUGUACUGCGAUGUGGGCAACGAGAGCUCGGUGAACGAGGCCUUCGACUGGAUAAUCCAGAAGUUCGGGGCUAUCGACAUCCUCGUGAACAAUGCCGGCACUCUGCAGUCGGGCCAAUUGGUGGAUAUGAAUCCGGCGUUUAUUCAGCAGGUUAUACAGACGAAUAUCAUGGGCGUUGUCCUGUGCACACAGCGCGCUGUCCGCUCGAUGCGGGAACGCAAAUUCGAUGGCCAUGUGGUGAUCAUCAACAGCAUCUUGGGGCACAAGACCAUGUCCACCGUGGAGGGCGUCGUGCCCGAUCUGAAUAUCUAUCCGCCCAGCAAGCAUGCGGUGACUGCCUUGACAGAGGGAUAUCGGCAGGAGUUCAUGGCCCUGGGAACACGCAUCAAAAUUACUAGCAUCAGUCCUGGUGUGGUGGACACGGAGAUUCUACCGGAUAGCAUAAGGAACGUCACCGGACGCAUGCUUCAUUCGGAGGACAUUUCCCAGGCGGUCCUCUAUGCCGUUGCCACACCCCCCCAUGUCCAAGUACACGAGAUAAUCAUAAAACCUAUGGGAGAGAAAAUGUAGACAAUUUUGUAUUGUUAAAA